GAAGAACAAGCCGAGCGGAGCCUAGUGCGACGUGCGACUAACCUAUCCAUCCUGAACUGUCAUUCAGAGUUCAUGUUGGUAAAUAUUGGUCCAAGAGUAGAUCAUCUAAAGCGGUCGUAAUUUUCGUGGACCACUUACAUCUCCAUUAUGUCAAGGCAAGGAGCAAGACUAGACGCCAAAAGAGUGAACUCAGAGCUUUUUACUUUAACAUAUGGGACUCUAGUGGCUCAAUUGCUGAAAGAUUAUGAAAAUGUUGACGAGGUCAAUAAGCAGCUUGAACGGAUGGGAUACAACAUUGGGAUUCGUCUAAUAGAAGACUACCUUGCUCGCACUGGAUCAGGCAGAUGCUACGACUUCAAAGAUACUGCUGAGAAGAUACAGGCUGGCUUUCGCAUUUUUCUUGGUGUAUCACCUCAAAUUACUAAUUGGGGUGCUGGUGGUGACGAAUUUUCUUUGGUCUUUGAGUCGAACCCAUUGACAGAGUUUGUUGAGCUUCCAGACCAUUGCCUAAAUCUCAAAUACUGUAACAUAUUGGCUGGUGUGCUAAGAGGAGCCUGUGAAAUGGUGCAAAUGGAAGUUACAUCUUGGUUUGUCCAAGAUCAACUCAAAGGUGACAAUGUCACAGAACUAAGAGUGAAGUUCAUCAAGAGAUUAGAAGAUGCAAUUCCUGCUGGUGAAGACUGAUCUCUGAUCUCCAAUUUUUGCUAAUUUGCAUUAUAGCUUGUAAUGAAAUGUCUGCAUACCUAUAAAACUUGUAUUAUUCCAAUGUGUGUGUGAAAACUUGUUUGUAUUUCAUUGAUUUAGAUUGAAAACAUUUGUUCAUCUAGAAUAUUUUAUUGUGAUGUUAUAAUAAAAUUUGGAUCCUGUGAGGAUCAGAACUUAA